AUCGCACUGAAAGAGAAAGUGGUCUCGGUGUUUUUACAUUUCUUACAAUACUGAAGAAGUGAUAAACGUCUGUCAGUCGCUAGCUAGGCCGCAUUUCUUUCCUUAAAUUUUCAUAUAUAAAAACAUGACUGUUUAGGCCCAGAGAUAGUAAGAACUGCCGAUGCUGGAGUCAGAGAUAACACAGUGUAGGACUGGAGGAACACAGCAGGCCAGGCAGCAUCAGAGGAGCAGGAAAGUUGACGUUUCUGGUCGGGACCCUUCUUCGGAAAAUAGGCCCAGCUGAGACGUUGUGUCCUGCUCUAGGCGCCAGAUUUUAGGAACGUAGACAAGGCUUUUGUUUUGCAGAGGAUUCACUUAGUUUCGUACUAGGUCUGAGGGACUUCAUUCGUCCAUGGAAUCUGGCACUGCUGACUUGAAGCAAAGAAAGCAAAGGGGAGAUUUCAAUAGGUGUGUUCAAAAUCAUGCCGGAUUGUCAUCAAAGUAGAGAAAUUAUGUUUCAGCUGGCAGAAGAACUGAUGGCGGAGAACAUACAUAUGAGGUCAUUGUCUAAAGAACCAGGGGCGAGUGUACUGGCAAAAGGGGAUCAGCACUCAACAUAUUCCAUCGAUCAGUAACACUUCUGAUAUGCCAAUAAAGUUAGAAAAUCCUUACAAAGAACCUCCCAGGAAGUGCAUUCUGUGUGGUGUUCCAGUAGACUACAAGAACGUACAGAAGUGGGCUCGAGACACAGCUGCUGAUAAAACUCAACCCCACUUCAGAGACCAUGCAUUAAAUGAGCAACAGCUUUUGUCCCAGUUUAUAUCUCCAUAUACAGGUCGUAUCUUUGGGAGACACAUAACAGGUUUAUGUGGAAAGAAACAAAAACAAAUUUCCAAGGCCAUCAAGAAAGCCCAGCAAAUGGGAUUUAUGUCAGUCACAUUUAAAGAUCCUGCUUUCCUAAAAGAUCCAAACAUUUGUGAUUUCAAACUUCGAGAAUGAUCCUCAACCUCAGCGACUAUUUACGAUGCAGUGCUCUGAAGUUUUUCCAUUGUGUUUCUAGAAUCAAUAAAACGUAUUAAAUGAU